AUUUCAUUCGUCGAUACAAAGCUAUGCAAGGCGCGUAGGUAUAAUAAGUUGUAUUUUGCCCAGGUAAUAUAUUAUAACGACUAUAGGAUAUUAUAUAGAAUACUGAACAAUUUAUACAAUGGAGGGUAGCUCACAGAAACAGAAAUAUAGAAGGCAAAGGAUUAUUAUUAGAAUCGUUUUGGAUCUAACAAUUUGGCUAGCAGCGUCAGUUGUAGCAUUUUACCUGUUUCUUUACGGGAAACCCUAUGAAAGAGGAUUCUUUUGUGAGGACACAUCUUUAAGUUAUCCAUCCAUACCCGAGACUAUUUCAACACAUGUUUUAGUUGCUGUAGGAUUAACAAUUUCUUUACUAAUGGUAAUUUGUGUAGAAUUAUUGAAUUGUAUUAAUGGUAAAUGCCGACCAAGAUGUAAAUGUUCAGUCGAUGUUAUUUUUUGUGUGCAGAGUUACAUUGUGUUUAUGAUCGGGUUCCUUGUUCAAGAAUUAUUUGUAGACGCUAUCAAAAACAAAACUGGAGCAUUGAGACCAAACUUCUUUGAUGUGUGCAAACCACAGUUUAACACAACAUUAUGUCCAGGAUAUAUAUCAGAAUACACAUGCGCCGGAAGUGACAAUAAAGAAAUCAGAAGCAGCCGACAAUCCUUUCCUUCGGGUCACUCAUCAUUAGCAAUGUACAUAGCUAUUUAUUUUUCCAUAUAUAUUGAAAACCGUUUAAACAUACGAUAUACGAGAUUGUUGAAGAUCUUUAUUCAAUUUGGACUAAUAUUAGCUGCAAUUCUCUGUGGUUUGGGGCGUAUUAGAGAAAACAAACAUCAUUCUUCAGAUGUCAUAGCAGGAUUUAUAUUAGGCUUAGCAGUUGCUAUAUUUGUUUAUACUGUGCUCUGGAGGAGAUAUGUAAAGGAAAAACGUGUCAAAAAUAACUAUAAAAACUCAAUUAAUAAACCACGUGACUGCUUCUGUACAUGUGCAAGGCCAUCUGAUAUUGAUCCACAUACAUCAGCUUCUGUACAAAAUGAAUACACCAAGAGAGUUGAAAAUGGCAGAAGUUCAUCAUCUACAAAACUUAUAGAGCUUCAAAAUGAUGAUAAUCAAAAUAUAUUGGUUACUUCGGAAAUACAUGUAUAAUAAUAUUGACAAAAAUAAAGUGCAAUAUAUAUAAAUAUUUAUUAGCAUGGUAUUCGUGAUUGCCGGCCUUUAUUAAACAAGCUCUGGUAGAUUACAGCGUGUUUUUUCAUGUGACUCAUUUGAUAGCCAAGAACGUAAACAAAUACCAAAAUUUAAUACAAACACAAGUAUUCUGAUUAAUGCUAAUGGAACGAUGAUAAAAAAUGUGAUACCUUGAUUAUUUUAAUAUAAAAGUAAUGACACUUAGUUUUAUGAAUUUAGGCAAUAUAAUUUAAUUAUUAUUUAUUUGAUUCCAAUUUUAGAUCUGAAUUAUUAUCUAUGAAUUAUAAAAUAUCAAGCAUAUGCUAAAUAUAUGAAUGUUUAUAUUUAUAAACUCGACUUUUGUCAUCAAUUUACAGCUGCUUUUAAUGCAUGGAUUUGCUAUAUUUCAAAAUGGAUUCUUAUUGAAUUGUAUGCUAUUUACAAUGUCUGUGUUUCAAGCGGUUAAUUUAAAGGAUCUACAGUGAAAACAAUAAGACAUUCAUGAACGUUGUUAGAUAUACUUGCAAUUAACAUUUUCGUCAAUGCCGAAUUUGGCUAUCUUUAGGGAUUCUGUUUUUCUGUAUUUUAUAUAUACUUUAAAAGAUAUGCGAGGUUUCUUACAAGUUUAGUUUACAGUUUUAAAAUAGUUUAUUCUGAAUCUUUUUAAUCUCUGUUAAUAUGUAAAUAAGAAACACAAAUAAACUUUUAUACAACCGUCA